GGGCUGGGCUAAGGGACACGCCUCUCCGUGCUCGCUGCCGCUGCUGGUGCUGCAGUGUGUGUGUCAGAGCCGGGAGAGUGAAUGAGGAGGAAGCUGUGAAUGUAGGCCCGAGGAGGAGGAGGAGCGCCGCCCGUCAGCUCCUGGACAUGAUGUGUUCUGUGCACUAAAAUAGAAGCCAAAUACAAUACAGCUGCCCCAGAAACUGCUGAAAAUCAUUAGCGUUUGAUCAGAUCCGCCGCACCUCCUCAUCUGGUGUAAAGGGGAAUCCGCAAACCACUUGAAGAGCCUCUCAUCUGCUGGUUUGGAGCCAUUAUAACAACUGCAACACUGGGAGUAGGUUUGGCUGCCUGGCUGGCAUGGGUAAUCUCAUUAAGGUGCUAACCAGAGACAUAGACCACAAUGCUGCACAUUUUUUCUUGGAUUUUGAAAAUGCCCAGCCUUCAGAAUCCGAAAAGGAUGUUUAUAACCAGGUGAAUGUAGUAUUAAAGGAUGCCGAAGGAAUCCUGGAUGAUUUACAGUCGUAUCGAGGAGCGGGUCUGGAGAUCCGAGAGGCAAUACAACAUGCUACUGAUGAGAAGUUACAGGAGAAGGCAUGGGGAGCAGUCGUCCCUCUGGUCGGCAAACUAAAGAAAUUCUAUGAAUUCUCUCAGAGACUAGGGGGAUUUCCCCUCUCUUCCUUUCCCAGAGACACAACAGGAGAGGCAGCAUUGCGUGGACUGUUGGGAGCGUUGACCAGCACCCCCUAUUCCCCAACACAGCACCUGGAGCGAGAGCAGGCUCUUGCCAAACAGUUUGCAGAAAUUCUUCACUUCACCCUCCGCUUUGAUGAGCUUAAGAUGACAAAUCCGGCCAUCCAGAACGACUUCAGCUAUUACAGAAGAACUCUAAGUCGUAUGAGGAUUAACAAUGUUCCAGCAGAGGGAGAAAACGAAGUAAAUAAUGAACUGGCCAAUAGAAUGUCAUUAUUCUACGCAGAGGCGACGCCCAUGCUGAAAACAUUGAGCGAUGCCACAACAAAGUUUGUAUCAGAGAACAAGAAUUUACCUAUAGAGAAUACCACUGAUUCUUUAAGUACCAUGGCCAGCGUAUGCCGAGUAAUGCUGGAAACUCCGGAGUACAAGAGUCGGUUUACAAACGAAGAGACGGUAUCUUUCUGCUUGAGAGUGAUGGUGGGGGUGAUCAUCCUCUACGACCAUGUUCAUCCUGUGGGAGCCUUCGCCAAAACAUCAAAGAUCGAUAUGAAAGGCUGUAUCAAGGUUCUCAAGGAACAGCCCCCCAACAGUGUAGAAGGUCUCCUUAAUGCUCUCAGGUACACAACGAAACAUUUGAAUGACGAAUCUACCUCGAAGCAAAUCAAGGCGAUGCUGCAAUAACGGUGGUGAAGCCGUGCACAAAUCCUGCUGUGGACAUAAGACAGUAUUCCGCAAUGACUAAGACGUUCCAGUUUUUAGUGGUUGCGAUGACCAUUUCUGCCCAGCCCCCCCCCUCCCAUCCCUCCACUGCUGCUGUCUGUCAUCUGCCUUUUCUUUACCCUCCUUUUUAAUCCUUGUUCUUGUUCUUCUUCUUACAUAAGCUCCAUCUUCAUUUUUGUGCCAAAAUCAAUGAGAAAAAAAAAAAAAAACCCUGGGAGGCAGUUUAAACAUUUUCAAAAUGGCCGUUUCAUUGGCAGCUAUUUCUGCGUUGCGUUAAGUUUUUCCUCUGUGUUGGGGGAAGAUUCUGUGACUUGAACUUAAUAUUUUUAAACUUAUUUUUUUUUUUUUUCCUCUGCCAGAAAAAAAAAUUUAACUAAUAUUUAAUAUUGCUUAAACUGCAUGGCGAAACUGCCGAUUUCUACUGUUUAAAGAAAAAAAAAGUUUUUUUUUUUUUUAUUAUUGUUUCGGCUUUUUUUUUUCUCACGUGCAGCCAAGAAAAAAAAAUGAACAGAGGUGUUUAAAUUAACUGUUGUACAAAAAAUGGUACCCAGCACAAUGUUUUUUUUUCUUUCUGAAUUAGAAACAGGAAACUUUUUAGGUUGCAUUUUGACUCAUUUUUGUAAGGAUGUAUGUUGUAUGUUUAAUUCUUUGAAGACUAACAUAAAUAAUGUGAUGUGUGCGUAUCAGAAUUACGUAUGCAUGUUUAUGUCAAAUGGAUGGCUGUUAAAAUAAUAAAAAUCAGCUUUCAUUUUUCUAA